AAAAGCAGAAGAAGACAAAGCAAGCGGAAGUUCAAGAUGGCGAUGGACGGGAUGAUGUCCACGUCUCCGGGUCGGUCUUACCAAACUGCGGGGGAUUUCUACCCUAGAAAGUUCGGUCCGAAACCAGACGUGGUUCCGUCCGGGGUGACAGAGCGGAAGGUGGUUCUGCUGGAUAAACCGGACAUGGUGUCGGUGGACGUCAUCAACAUCAAGGAGCCGGAUCUUCCCAUGCACAGGAAGAAACACGAGCACGACGCCUACGUUCUGGGCACCAUUCAUCCGUUCAGGAGGUCGCACAGAUCCGUCUUUGGGAAGCUUCUGCAGGAACUCCGACUCGUUUCCUCAGACAGGCGGUCAUGGAGGAUCCUGCUGUUCGGAGCACUCAACCUGCUGUGUACCGGCUGUCUGCUGAUGUGGUGCAGCUCCACCAACAGCAUGGCCUUAACCGCCUACACAUAUCUCACCAUCUUUGACCUCUUCAGUUUGAUCACCUGUCUCAUCAGCUCCUGGGUGGCGAUGAAGAAGCACAGUCAGGUCUACUCGUUUGGGUUUGAAAGGUUGGAGGUUCUGGCUGUUUUUGCCUCUACUGUCCUGGUCCAGCUGGGGGCUCUGUUCAUUCUGAAGGAAAGUGUGGAGCGCUUCGUGGAGCAGCCUGAGGUCCACACAGGUCGGCUGUUGGUCGGGACGUUCGCCGCGCUGUUCUUCAACCUUCUGACUCUGCUCUCCGUGAGGAACAAACCCUUCGCUUACGUCUCAGAAGCGGCCAGCAGCAGUUGGCUUCAGGAACACGUGGCCGACCUGAGUCGAAGUUUGUGCGGCAUCGUUCCGGGUCUGAGCAGCGUCCUGCUCCCUCGGAUGAACCCGUUUGUCCUGGUUAACUUGGCUGGAGCUCUGUCCCUCUGCGUCACCUACAUGCUCAUAGAAACUAAUAACUACAACGCAGUGGACACGGCGUCGGCAGUCGCCAUCGCCCUCAUGACCUUCGGCACCAUGUAUCCGAUGAGCGUGUACAGCGGCAAAGUGCUGCUGCAGACCACGCCCUCCCACGUCAUCGGCCAGCUGGACAAACUUCUCAGAGAGGUAUCAACUCUGGAUGGAGUUCUGGAGGUUCGAAACGAGCACCUCUGGACUGUUGGUUUUGGAUCUUUGGCUGGCUCCGCCCACGUCCGGAUCCGCAGAGACGCCAACGAGCAGCUGGUUCUGGCUCACGUCACUAACCGGCUUCUGCCACUCGUCUUCACGCUGACGGUUCAGAUCUUUAAGGACGACUGGACCCGACCCCUGCUGAGCAGCGUGCUCUCCUCCCCGGCUGCUGCGCCUCCUCUGGGUCCAGCUGAAGGCUACACCUCCUCUUUUCCUCCGGCCCUGUACCCCUCCACGGCAGCAGGAGGAUUACAACAUUUUGAUCCACUGACCUCGACCCCCUCCAAACCCAGCAGCCCUCCCCCGGAGUUCUCCUUUGACUCUCCGGGGCGGAACGUGCCGCCGAUGGUGCUCCCCGCUCCAGGGCAACACGCCCACAGGCCCUACGGAGGCCUGGGACUUUCCUAUGGGGUGCCGCCGUACCCAGGGAUGUUGGGUCAGGGCCUGGCACGACCCGGAGCAGGGCAGGGGUUCGGUGUGCAUGGAUUUGGGGCCGGGUUUGGACCUCAGAGCUACAGGACUGCCUUUGUUGGCUCAACAGCCCCGCUCCGGUUUGGAACCAGCAACCCUGUGGCUCCUCAGUCCCAGUACAGGCAGCAUCAACCCUGACUGAACUCCAGCUAAGCCCAGGUUCUCUUCCAGACUCGGGCUGUUGAGGAAAAACUGCUAAAUCUGGUGUGAACAUUUUAGGUGUGGGUCUUGGUGGCAGCAGAGGCAGAAAAACAGGCAGUUUCUGGUAUUUAUUCUGGAGGAAAUGGGACCAACUACAGUUUGUUUAUUAUUAGCUUUAUUUGGGAACAUCCUAACCAGAAUGACUGGGAGCCCCGACCGUAAGAAAACACAGAACCCAGACUGGGUUUGACUGUAAUGUUAGAAGCUUUGGGAAAAGAAAUGUAUUUUGAAGGAAGUGAGGAAGACCUCACAUGUUGGCGCCACACUGGUUUAAUCUUGAUGAAGAUCCCAGAAAGAAAAACAGACAGUUGGCAGAAAAAAAGAAAACGUGAUUCCAGCUCAGAAGAAACUUCUGUUGCGAACUUCGUUCUGUUAGAUUAAGACUUCAAUAAACCAUCAGAUUCCUUUUAAACUGUAUUUAAAUCAGAAUAAAUGAGAAAAAUCAUCUGUUCUGACUUCAGAGUCCAACACAGAAACAUUUCUCCUCUAAACAAAGUCAACAAAAUAUAAAAAUCUGACGUUGGUUUUGUUCCAAAACUUUCUGCAGGUUAUCAUUAUAAUCGUCCACUUGUUACUUUUAUACUGUGCAGCAGUCAAUUUAAAAUGAAAUAAUUUAAAGAAAUAAACAUACCAGGAUUAGGAUCGAUGUCUGUAUCUGAACAAUAAACUGACUUUCUCUGAA